AUGUCACAAUUGUUAUACAAAUAUUUCUUACAAAAAACAAACCUAGAUCAUUUAGUUACAUUUGGAGAUGCUAACCAUGAUCCUUAUUUUGAAGAGAUCCCGGAAAACGAAUUACAUUUCUAUCAACGGAAAGGAGCUAGAAGGAGAAGAAAAUUGCCUGAAUUCAUUCCCAAGCACGAUUUAAAGAUUUUGAACAGUGUCAAAAACAGAGCUUAUCAUUUAGACUUACUGUUGAAUUUGUGUGGAUUAAGAAUUGGUUGGGCUGGGGUCAUUGGGUUGAUUCCUUGGAUAGGUGAUAUUAUUGCCUUUUAUUUUGCAUUGCAAUUAGUUAGAAAGGCUAGAACUAUAGAUGGAGGGUUACCAAAAGGGUUGGAAGCAGAAAUGAUGGCGAAUGUCAUGUUUGAUUUUGGUAUUGGAUUAAUUCCAAUUGUUGGUGACUUUAUCAACGUCUUAUAUAAGUGUAAUUCAAGAAAUUUCAUAUUGUUGGAGAAGUAUUUGGUCAAGAAGUAUAAUACUGUUGCAAAUCCGCUUCCUCCGUCUAACCCUGUUGUUACAGAAACUCCCAUUAAUAAUUCUUUAAACCCUCCGUCGAAUCCAUCUGGUAGGAAGACGCCGACAGCCAAUAUUUCGAAUCGCCCACCUAACCCGCCUCCUAGAGAUUUAUAA